AUGGAGAAGCUCGACAAGGUCACGACGCAGACUUCCAUCGCCACGGACGAUGUAAGUACGUUGGAGAAAGCCCCUGGGCACCAUCACAAGCUCGGGGUGCCCGUUCUGCCAGACACGAUCGUCGAAGAAGUCGACAGCGAAGUGCUCGAGUACACCGACCAGAGCAUCACCAUCACACCGGAGGAGAACAAACGACUGCUGCGCAUCAUCGACCGACGCAUCCUCCCCGUCAUCAUGGUCACCUACUUCCUCCAGUCCCUCGACAAGGGCCUUGUCUCGCUCGCAUCCAUCAUGGGCAUCCAGAAAAAGUGGCACCUCGAGGGUCAGCAGUACUCGUGGCUCACCACCUGCGUAUACCUCGCCAUCAUCUGCGCCGAAUAUCCUCAGAACCGUGCGCUUCAGGUUCUCCCCAUCCACCGGUGGCUCGCCUUCUGCAUCUUCGCUUGGGGCGCCGUCGUCGCGUCCUCCGCCGCCGUCACCAAUUUUCACGGCGCCGUCAUCGUCCGCGUCCUCCUCGGCUGCUUCGAAUGCGUCUGCCAACCCUGCUUCAUGCUCCUCACCGCCACUUGGUAUCGCAGCUCCGAACAAGCCAGGACGAUUAGCUUGUUCUAUGCGGGUAAUGGAAUUCAAACUGUCGUGGGCGGGUUACUCGGAUAUGGCUUCUACCAGGUCAAGGGAGGAAAGCUGGAAUCGUUCCAACUCAUGUUCAUGAUCUUGGGAUUGCUCACCGUGGUGUGGUCCGGAGUGGUGCUGUGGAUGCUUCCGCAGUCUCCCAUGAAGGCGCGUGGCAUUUCGGAGGAGGACAAGGUCAAGAUCGUCGAGCGCGUGCGCGAGAACCAGACGGGCGUGCAGAACAAGAAGCUCAAGUGGUCGCACAUUCAAGAGGCGCUGCUUGACCCGCAGAUUUGGGCCUUCUUCUUCAUCCAAGUCUUGAACACGAUUCCAGUGGGCGGUCUCGGCGCUUUCACCAACAUCAUCAUCAAGAACAACCUCGGCUUUACGGUGCUUCAAACCGACCUGCUAGCGAUCGCACAGGGUGCGAUUCAGAUAGCCGUACUCUUCUCGGCGGCGUACUUGUCCAAAUGGACGAACCAGACGCUGCUGGUAGCGGUUGCAUUUUCGAUUCCGUCGCUCAUUUCGGCGGUCGUCUUCCUUACGGUGCCGAACGACAAGGCACACGUGGGUGGGCUGAUGACGGUCUUCCUCAUGACCAUCUGCUACAACGGUGUGUCACCUCUGGCGUUCAGUUUGCUCACUCGAAAUGUGGGAGGUCAGACAAAGAGGACCGUCGCCAUUGCCAUCAACUUUAUCGGCUGGGCGGCCGGUAAUUCCGCAGGCCCGCAACUCUUUCGCUCAACUGACGCACCUCACUACCGCAAGGCUUUUGCCGGCCAGCUAGGAUGCUAUGUUGCGAUCAUUUUGCUCUUCCUUGCGCUUAGGGUCUAUUACAUGGCUCAGAACCGAAAGAGGAGAAUCGCGGCAAACCUGCUCAAGGGCAGACAAGCAGAUGCGGCCGACGAAAUCGACCUCUCGCUCGCGUUUGACGACCUUACCGACAAGCAGAACCCCAACUUCCGCUACGUGUACUGA